GUGGUUGAGGAGGCCGAAGAUGAUGAUAAGGAGGUUCGGGAUUCAGAUGAUGAGGGUGAGGAAGCUACACAUGUACUGACAAUGACCCCUACCAAUGUUCCUUUGCUGUUGGAUCGAGAAUGGGUGAGCAGUGACAGUGGGGAGGAAGGAGGGCCUGAAAAAUCGAUUGACCUUAGGAGGUCAACAAGGGCAAAGAGUUCCACAAUUAAAUCUCCGUGGAUAGAAUUCAAGGCAGCUCCGAGGACGAAGAGGCCAAAGGAGGAAAGGGACAUCUUUUUCACUUUAAUAUCCCGUAGACCCAAGGGAGAGGAAGAGGGGAAUAUGACUGUCAUCAAAAUGUUUGAUGAAGAUAUAGACCGACAACAGCUGUUUUCCCUGGGUGGAGUGAACAGAGUAAAUAACAGGGUGCUUAAUUUGGUGUGCAAGGCAGUGAUGGAGGACAUGAAGGCAGAGUUGGGGCCAGGGAAGAGGCACAUUUUCGAUGUUGAUUUCAUGAACAUGAUGGCACAUGAUCCAACCUGGAAAGCCCAAAAAUAUAAGAAGCUCUUUCUUCCUGAGUUCCUUGGCUACAACUUAGCUGAAUGUGAUUUCAUAAUUGGUCCUGCUCUUGUUGGCCAACACUGGUUUUGCGUUGCCAUUCAGCCUAGCACAUUGGAUUUCCACGUAAUAGACUCCAUGAGGAACCAUUUCGGAACCAAGGACAGAAAGCAGAAGAAGAAGGUUGUCAUCAAAGACCCAGUGGAAAUGGCUGUGGAUGAUUGUGUAAGAAAAAACUCAUUAUCUUUACCCUAG